GCUGCUAACCACAUCGCUAAACGCUAACUCAUUCACUGUUCAGAGGUGCAUAUUAUCAGCCUGUAGCCUGCUGCUAACACCGACUAGCACUGCUGGAGCAGCUUUAGCAUUCGCUGCUAACAACACUAAGCGCUAGCUCUUUCUUUGUAUAGAGGUGAUGGCGGAGGAUAUUCAGCAGAAGCUGCAGAAUUACCGCACGGCGCCCUUCGACGCCCGCUUCCCCAACCAGAACCAGACCAAGAACUGCUGGCAGAAUUAUCUGGAUUACCACCGUUGCCAAAAAUCCCUGGAGGCCAAAGGAGUAGACAUCACACCCUGCGACUGGUACAAGAGGGUCUACAAAUCUAUCUGCCCCAUGUCCUGGAUUGAGAAGUGGGACACGCAGCGGGAGGAUGGGACCUUCCCCGGGAAGAUAUGAAGAUCUUCCCACCAAAGAGUGACAUCAUCAUCAUCGUUGGCACGGGAACCUCAAACCGUUUGUGUGUGUAAACCUGUACCCUGCCGACUGGGACCUGAAUCUAUUUCCCACAAUGCACCUGUGGAUGAUUGGGCGGGGCUGAAUCUCUGUGGUACAUUCCUAAUUAAAGUGAAAGUAUUGUUUUGCAGCUGCUGCAAUAAAUAAAUAAAUCUCUCAGGCGUUAUAACCAG